CAACAACAACAGCACCGCUGUUGGUCGUUUCUGUCGCUCACCAUGGGUCGCAACUUUUUCCCUGCUGUUUUUGCCAUCGGCAUGGGUAUAGUCUCUGGAUACUAUACCUUCCAGCCCUCGUUCCAAGAGCUGCAAAGUGAACGUGAAAACACCCAACGCCCCAACACAACCGCAGGACAAUCGCCGGACCAAAAGACCGCCGCAGCUCCCUCCCCCCCAGCUCCCACCAAAGAAGACGCAAAUGCCGGAACCAACAAUUGAAAUAGCCAAUAUCUACUGAAAGCAAGGCUACAACAGGGCACGAGAGUUGGGAGAAAUGAGCUGGCCCGCAGAAUGAAUGAAGCACGGGUUGUGCCGUGUCACCCCGCUCUUUCAGACGAGUCGAAUGGAUUAUUCGGAUUCGGCCUCCACGCGUCCAUGCGGGACAGGGUCUCUUAUACUGGUGCAUGAAAUGGAAUGAAUGGGUAGGAGUCUGAUGACGGGGAGAUUGCGCGAUGCUUUGGGCUCCUGGGUGCUCCAUGGGAUUCAAGCAGGCUUAUUGAAUGCUUUGGUCUGGUGCAUUAUUGAUCUGGUCACUUGUGGAUGGCUGUCGGUGGGUAUGAAGGUUUUGACAGCGGUCGUUCCGUCUUCAUUUGGUCUAGAAAUUGGUGCAUUUCCGCAGUUGCCAGGUGCUGGAACCAUAUCAUUGGUAUGGUGUUGUAUACAGCUUGUUUCGCGUACAUAUUCUAUAGAUUCCGACGGGCGAUGAAUAUAUAUCUAG